AUGUUCGGUCGGCUGCUGAGCCCCCGGCGGGCCCGCCAGCUCCAGCGACUCGUGCGCAACGGCAAGCUAACCCUCCUCUGCCUCUUCCUCACGGUCCUCAUGCUGCGUGGAAACCUCGGCGCCGGCAAAUUCGGCACGCCGGAGAAGGAUCUCGACGAGAUCCGCGAGACCUUCUCCUACAUCCGCCGCCGAGCCGAGCCGCGCCGCGUCCUGGAGGAGGCAUCGAUCUCCUUCCGUAAGCUGUCCGACAGCGGUGGCGCCGCCUCCUCCGGCAGCAGAAGCUACGCCGACUUCGAUGUGUCUAAGAUCCUGAAGGACGAGGACGACGGCGUCGAGGAAUUCAAGCGUGAACCCUCCCAGCCGUACGCUCUCGGCCCAAAAAUUUCGGAUUGGGACCUGCAGAGAGGGGAUUGGCUGAAGAAAAACCCUAAUUUCCCAAAUUUCGUCGCUCCCAACAAGCCCAGGGUCCUACUGGUCACCGGGUCGUCACCCAAGCCGUGCGAGAACCCGGUCGGAGACCAUUACCUCUUGAAAUCGAUCAAGAACAAGGUCGAUUACUGCAGGCUCCACAGUAUCGAGAUUUUCUACAACAUGGCCCUGCUCGAUGCCGAGAUGGCGGGCUUCUGGGCCAAGCUGCCAUUGAUCCGCAAGCUCCUUCUUUCCCAUCCGGAGGUCGAGUUCUUGUGGUGGAUGGACAGUGAUGCCAUGUUCACCGACAUGGCUUUCGAGCUGCCGUGGGAGAGGUAUAAGGAUCAUAAUCUUGUUAUGCACGGGUGGAAUGAAAUGGUUUACGAUCAGAAGAAUUGGAUUGGAUUAAACACGGGUAGCUUCUUGUUGAGGAAUUGUCAGUGGUCAUUGGACUUGUUGGAUACAUUGGCUCCAAUGGGGCCGAAGGGCAAAAUUCGGGAAGAGGCUGGGAAGCUCCUGACGAGCGAGCUGAAAGAUCGGCCCGUUUUCGAGGCGGAUGACCAGUCGGCCAUGGUGUACAUACUGGCGACUCAGAGGGAAAAGUGGGAGAGUAGGGUUUAUCUGGAGAGUGCUUAUUAUUUGCACGGGUAUUGGGGGAUUCUGGUCGAUAAGUAUGAGGAGAUGAUUGAGAAUUAUCAUCCAGGCCUUGGGGACCAUAGGUGGCCUCUGGUGACCCAUUUUGUGGGUUGCAAGCCGUGUUUGAAGUUCGGGGACUAUUCGGUCGAGAGGUGCUUGAGACAGAUGGACCGGGCUUUUAACUUUGGGGACGAUCAGAUUCUGCAGAUGUAUGGGUUUGCUCAUAACUCGCUCGCGAGCCGGAAAGUGAGGAGGAUAAGGAAUGAGACGAGCAAUCCACUUGAAAUGAGGGACGAGCUUGGUUUGCUCCACCCACCUUUUAAAGUGGUGAAGGCAUAA